AUGGAGACUGAGUGUGGCUUAUCAGAAGGUGGUAGUAAGUGGUCGUUUCGGUCAGUAGAGAGUCAUUUGGGUGCGGGAUCGCCGUCGGUUCGUAAGAAAGGUACCCCGGUGGCAAGCGAUAGAGAGUCGAUCGAUUCGACGGAUUCCAAAGGAGAGCGGUCGAAACUGGCAUCGAUUCUGGAUAGGGCGCGGCUGAAAGGCAAAAAAUUGGUCUCUUCGAGCAGGAAGCGUAGAUCCGGUGAAGAGGUCUGUCAGGAAACGAUAUUAAGCAGUGAUGAGGGCUCCAACAAAACGCUGGUUGUAAACACGCACACUGCCUCAGAAACUGAGAAGAGGGCAGAGAAGAGUGCUGCAGCAGUUGGCGGAACGGUGCCGUCGUCAUUGCAGAGUUGUGUGAAUUGGCACGAGGCCAGCAGACAAGACCUCGCUGGGACUCCGCUU